CUUCUGUUGCCCAUGGCAGUGGCCGAGCUGUACACACAGUACAACAGGGUUUGGAUUCCGGACGCUAAGGAAGUGUGGAAAUCUGCUGAAAUAGCCAAGGACUACAAAGUUGGUGAUACAGUCCUGCAGCUCCUUUUGGAGGAUGGAACGGAGCUGGAUUAUCCCAUUGAUCCAGAGGCGCUACCCCCGCUUCGGAAUCCUGACAUCCUCGUGGGCGAGAAUGACCUCACAGCCCUCAGCUACCUCCAUGAGCCCGCUGUGCUGCACAAUCUCAGGAUCCGCUUUGCAGAAUCCAAGCUCAUUUACACCUACAGCGGAAUCAUUUUGGUGGCCAUGAAUCCUUACAAGCAGCUGCCUAUAUAUGGGGAUGCCAUCAUCCACGCUUAUAGCGGUCAGAACAUGGGUGACAUGGACCCACACAUGUUUGCUGUGGCAGAAGAGGCCUACAAGCAGAUGGCCAGAAACAAUAAAAACCAGUCAAUAAUCGUAAGUGGGGAGUCAGGUGCUGGAAAGACCGUGUCUGCACGUUAUGCCAUGAGGUACUUUGCCACAGUCAGCAAGUCAAGCAGUAACACACACGUGGAGGACAAGGUUCUGGCGUCCAACCCCAUAACCGAGGCUGUUGGGAAUGCCAAGACCACCCGCAAUGACAACAGUAGUCGGUUUGGAAAAUACACGGAAAUCAGUUUUGAUGACAGAAACCAAAUUAUAGGAGCCAACAUGAGAACUUACCUGCUGGAGAAAUCCAGAGUUGUCUUUCAAUCAGAAAAUGAACGAAAUUACCAUAUUUUCUAUCAACUUUGUGCAUCUGCACAGCAGUCGGAAUUUAAACAUCUUAAACUAGGGAGUGCAGAAGAGUUUAAUUACACGAGAAUGGGUGGCAGCACUGUCAUUGAGGGUGUGGAUGACAAAGCUGACAUGAUGGAGACUCAGAGGACCUUCACGCUGCUGGGUUUCAAGAAGGAUUUCCAGAUGGAUGUUUUUAAGAUCCUGGCAGCUAUCCUACAUCUGGGCAACGUGCAGAUCAUGGCAGUGGGCAGUGAGAGGUCCACAAUUAGUGAGGAUGACAACCACCUGCAAGUGUUCUGUGAGCUCCUGGGCCUGGAGAGAGACAAAGUGGCCCAGUGGCUGUGCAAUCGCAAAAUUGUCACAGCCUCAGAUAUGGUGGUGAAGCCCAUGACCAAGCCCCAGGCUGCCAAUGCCAGGGACGCACUGGCUAAGAAGAUCUAUACGCACUUGUUUGACUUCAUCGUGGAGAGAAUUAACCAAGCAUUGCAGUUUUCAGGCAAGCAGCACACUUUUAUUGGUGUCUUGGACAUUUAUGGUUUUGAAACCUUCGAUGUGAACAGCUUUGAACAGUUUUGCAUCAAUUAUGCUAAUGAAAAACUGCAGCAACAGUUCAACCUGCAUGUCUUUAAACUUGAACAAGAAGAAUACAUGAAGGAAGAUAUCCCUUGGACACUGAUAGAUUUUUAUGACAACCAACCAGUUAUUGACCUGAUCGAAGCAAAAAUGGGCAUUUUGGACUUACUGGAUGAAGAAUGUUUGUUGCCACAUGGAACCGAUGAAAACUGGCUUCAAAAACUAUAUAAUAAUUUUGUCAACAAGAACUCUUUGUUUGAAAAACCCAAAAUGUCAAACACAUCCUUUGUCAUCCAGCACUUUGCUGACAAGGUAGAAUAUAAAUGUGAAGGUUUCCUUGAGAAGAAUAGAGACACCGUCUAUGACAUGCUGAUUGAAAUCUUGAGAGAAAGUAAGUUUCAUCUCUGUGCCAAUUUUUUUCAAGAAAAUCCAGCUCCUUCUUCCCCCUUUGGACCAAUGAUAACUGUUAAAUCUGCAAAGCAAGUCAUGAAGCCAAAUAGCAAGCACUUCCGGACCACAGUGGGGAGUAAGUUCCGCAGCUCCCUGUACUUGCUCAUGGAGACCCUCAACGCGACCACUCCCCAUUACGUCCGUUGCAUCAAGCCAAAUGAUGCGAAAUUACCCUUUGAGUUUGACUCCAAAAGAAUCGUCCAGCAGCUCCGAGCCUGUGGAGUCUUAGAAACAAUUCGCAUUAGUGCACAGAGCUACCCUUCCAGGUGGACGUACAUCGAAUUCUACUGUCGCUAUGGUGUCCUCAUGACCAAGCAGGAGCUUGAGUUCAGUGAUAAAAAGGAAGUGUGCAAAGUGGUUCUCCACAGGCUCAUCCAGGAUUCUAAUCAGUACCAGUUUGGUAAAACCAAAAUUUUCUUCAGAGCAGGGCAAGUGGCUUAUUUAGAGAAACUCCGCUUGGAUAAACUGAGGCAGGGUUGUAUUGUGAUUCAAAAGCACAUCCGAGGCUGGCUGCAGAGGAAGAAAUUCCUCCGAGAAAGACAAGCUGCCUUGAUCAUCCAGCAGUACUUCCGGGGUCAGAAAACCGUGAGAAAAGCCAUUACCGCCACAGCCCUAAAAGAAGCCUGGGCAGCAAUCGUCCUUCAGAAGUACUGUCGGCGAUAUCUGGUUCGCAAUUUGUACCAGCUGAUCCGGGUGGCCACCAUCACCAUCCAGGCCUACACACGAGGAUUCCUGGCGAGGAGGAGGUAUCGGAAGAUGCUGGAGGAGCACAAGGCUGUGAUCCUUCAGAAAUACGCCCGGGCCUGGCUGGCCAGACGCAGAUUCCAGAGCAUCCGGCGAUUCGUGCUCAACAUUCAGCUUACUUACAGGGUCCAGCAUUUGCAGAAAAAACUGGAAGAUCAGAACAAAGAGAACCACGGACUGGUGGAGAAGCUGACUAGUCUGGCUGCUCUACGGGCAGGUGACACAGAGAAGAUUCAGAAACUGGAAUCAGAACUGGACAGAGCCGCUACCCACAGGCACAAUUAUGAAGAGAAGGGGAAGACAUACAAGGCCGCGGUAGAAGAGAAGUUGGCAAAGCUACAGAAGCAUAAUUCAGAGCUGGAGAAAGAAAAGGAACAAGUACAGCUGAAGCUUCAAGAGAAGACUGAAGAACUGAAAGAAAAAAUGGACAACCUUACCAAGCAGCUCUUUGAAGAUGUGCAAAAGGAAGAACGGCAGAGAAUAUUUCUUGAAAAAAGUUUUGAACUGAAAUCACAAGCCUAUGAGACACAGAUCAGGUCAUUAAAAGAAGAAAUUGAAACUCUCAAGGAUGAGAAGAUGCAGCUGCAGCAGCAGCUGGAGGAAGAGUGCAUCACCUCUGACAACCUUAAGGGAGAUGUGGCCCGACUGAGCAAGCAGGCAAAGACAAUCUCAGAGUUUGAAAAGGAAAUAGAGCUACUGCAGGCACAGAAGAUAGAGGUGGAAAAACAUGUGCAGUCACAAAAGCGGGAAAUGAGAGAAAAAAUGUCAGAGAUGACCAACCAACUUCUUAAAAGCUAUGACAUUGAAGAUGUAAGAAGCAGGCUUUCUGUGGAAGAUUUAGAGCAUUUAAAUGAGGAUGGAGAACUUUGGUUUGCUUAUGAAGGACUGAAGAAAGCAACACGUGUUUUAGAGAGCCACUUCCAGUCUCAGAAGGAUUGCUAUGAAAAGGAGAUUGAAGCUUUGACCUUCAAAGUGGUGCAUCUAAGUCAAGAAAUCAACCACCUGCAGAAAUUAUUUCGAGAAGAGAAUGAAAGUAUCCAUCAUGAAGUUACCAGGCUAACAUCAGAAAACUUGAUGAUCCCAGACUUUAAACAGCAAAUUUCAGAACUGGAGCGACAGAAGCAAGAGCUGGAAAUCCGGCUGGCUGAACAGACUGAAAUCAUGAAAGGAAAACUGGAAGAAUUGUCUGCUCAGCUUCAUCGCAAUCAAGAAGAAGAGGGAGCACAGAGAAGAACCAUAGAAGCCCAAAAUGAAGUACACUCCAAAGAGAAAGAGAAGCUGAUUGACAAGAUUCAAGAAAUGCAAGAGGCCAGUGAGCACCUAAAGAAACAAUUUGAAGCUGAAAGUGAAGUCAAGAGUACUUUCCUGCAGGAAGCAUCUCGUCUCACGAUGGAAAACAGGGAUCUUGAAGAAGAGUUAGACAUGAAGGAUAGAGUGAUUAAAAAGCUACAAGAUCAAGUCAAGACUCUAACCAAGACAAUUGAAAAAGGCAGCGAUGCGCACUUGUCCCCUGGAUCCACGGAGUACCUUGGAAUCCUGGAAUACAAGCAAGAAGAUGAAGCCAAGCUCAUUCAAAACCUCAUUCUUGACCUGAAGCCCCGAGGCGUGGUGGUGAACAUGAUCCCGGGGCUGCCGGCACACAUCCUGUUCAUGUGUGUGCGCUAUGCAGACUCUCUCAACGAUGCCAACAUGCUCAAGUCCCUCAUGAACAGUGCCAUAAAUGGCAUCAAGCAGGUGGUGAAGGAACACAUGAAAGACUUCGAGAUGCUCUCUUUUUGGCUUUCCAAUACUUGUCAUUUCCUCAAUUGCCUGAAGCAGUACAGUGGAGAAGAGGAAUUCAUGAAGCACAACAGUCCACAUCAGAAUAAGAAUUGCUUGAAUAAUUUUGACCUUUCAGAAUACAGACAGAUUCUUAGUGAUGUUGCUAUACGAAUAUAUCAUCAGCUCAUUAUUGUAAUGGAAAAUAACAUUCAACCAAUAAUAGUGCCAGGCAUGUUGGAGUAUGAGAGUCUGCAGGGCAUUUCUGGCCUGAAGCCUACAGGCUUCCGGAAGCGGUCUUCCAGCAUCGACGACACGGAUGCCUACACCAUGACGUCAAUCCUACAGCAGCUGAGCUACUUCUACAGCACCAUGUGCCAGAACGGCCUGGACCCAGAGCUGGUGAAGCAGGCUGUGAAGCAGCUCUUCUUCCUGAUCGGGGCGGUCACCCUCAACAGCCUCUUCUUGCGCAAAGACAUGUGCUCCUGCAGAAAAGGGAUGCAGAUAAGGUGCAACAUCAGCUACUUAGAAGAAUGGCUUAAAGAUAAAAACUUGCAGAACAGCUUAGCCAAGGAAACUUUGGAACCUCUCUCUCAGGCAGCCUGGUUGCUGCAAGUCAAGAAGACCACAGACAGUGACGCCAAGGAGAUUUCCGAACGCUGCACGUCACUAUCUGCUGUGCAGAUCAUAAAGAUCCUUAAUUCAUACACACCUAUAGAUGACUUCGAGAAAAGAGUGACUCCAUCCUUUGUUCGCAAAGUACAGGCUCUCCUAAGUAGCCGGGAGGACUCGUCUCAGCUGAUGCUGGAUAUCAAAUAUCUCUUCCAAGUCACCUUUCCUUUUACCCCUUCUCCCCAUGCUCUGGAAAUGAUUCAGAUCCCCAGUAGUUUUAAGUUGGGCUUUCUUCGUAGAUUAUAG